AUGGCUCAAGCAGAUUCUGGCAUAGUUUCUAAUUUUGAUCCAUGUCCUAAGGUAAGAGAAGUAAACAUAAAAAAAAAUAAUAGAUACUAUCACAAUUUUUGGGAUAUACAUAUGAAACAAUUCUUCUGAAUUUCAAAAUUUUAGAAAAUAAUGGAUCUUGAAGAACUUCUGAGAAAUCGCAAUCCAACAGAUGUUGCCAGCUGGUAUAAACAAACUGCGUUGUUGUGUGAAGAAGCUGAAGACUGUAUGUAUACGCUUAUUGAUUGUCCAAAAUAUGCUGAAAAAACAAUGAAAGUUAUUAUUAGAUGCAAGACACAACGAUCAUUGGCUCAAGAUGAUUUCAUCGAUUGUUCGGUUCUUCUCAAGGGAAAACCAAAUCAUUGUAUGGCUCCAUUGGUUUGUUUUGUUUUGUUUUGUUUUUUUUAAUUCCAUAUAUCUGUGUUUUUCAGGCAAAAAACAAGGAUUGUGACACUUGGAAGAUGGUUGUUGAAUGCGAAUCUGAACAUGUUGCUAAAAUUUGCGGGGAAAAAUAUGUUCCACUUUUCAUGCAGAAGUAUGAAGCAGCAAAAGCUAAUGAUGGAUGUUGA